AGGCUUUAUUGACUUUAAUUAUUUUCUCUAAUUAUCUAUAUUAUAGUGAUUAUAGCUAUCAAAACGUGAUUGGUUGAACAAAUUAGCAUUGUAUUCAAGUAACGUUCAACCUUCAGUGAUUUCUUAUCACUACAUCUCAUCAAUUCAGAUAUAUAAACAACUAAAAGUAAUUUUUAUGCUCAGUGGUUUAAUCUAAAUUUAUAACUACCCAACAGUGGCAUACACGAUGUCUACGUCUAAUGUGAAACGCAUUAUUUUCGACUGCGAUCUUGGAACGGAUGAUGCCGUCGCCCUGUAUCUGCUUCUCUUGGCCGAGAGGGAAGGAAAAGUGAAGAUAGAAAUGAUUGUCUGCUCCAGAGGUAAUGCCAGUUUGUAUCAUGUGAGCAGAAAUGUUGUGCGCAUGUUGGAAUAUGCGAAUAGAACUGAUAUUCCAAUCUACAAAGGAUCUCAUGAGGUCCUGCUUCCGAGAACGGAAGAAGAUGAAUUCUAUCAUGGCGUCGAUGGUUUCGGCGAUUUAGUAUAUGACACAGAGCCGGAUACUUCAAUAAUUCGGCCGGAACCAGCGUUUGUAGCAAUGAGAGACUUGAUAAUAAAUAAUCCGAAUGAAAUCACUCUGAUGGUGGUUGGACCAAUGACGAAUUGUGCCAUUUUGUUGCGUAUGUAUGAAGAUGUCGCUGAUAAGAUAAAAGAUAUUCAUAUCAUGGGAGGCAAUCACAACGGUGUUGGAAAUGUUUCACCAGCAGCCGAAUUUAAUUUCCACAUGGAUCCGGAAGCGGCGCACAUUACAUUCGGCAGUGCCAAAUGUCCGAUGCAUUUAUUAACAUGGGAAUGUUGCUUUAACACUAAAACUCCAAUGGCUUGGCGAAUGAAAACACUGGGAACUUCCGCCGGUGGAAAAACAUGGCAGCUUAUUCAUCGCGGAGAAGCUGCCAUUUAUAAAAACCCCAGGGAGAAUUGGUUUCCGUGUGACGCUUACUUAGUUGCUGCACUUUUAUAUCCAGAAAUAAUUCUCGAUCAGACUAUGGCACACGUUGAUGUAGAACUUGCCGGGAAAUUGACACGAGGCCAGGUUGCCAUUGAUCAUCUGCAUAAAAAGAAACCCAAUGUCAAUAUUAUCAAAGAAAUUGAUUAUAAAUUGUUUGAGAAACUGAUCACUGAUGCCCAUACACAAUUGUAAGUUGAAGUAAAAGUUGAAGUAUUGGCAAUACUAUUAAAUUUGUAAGAAUAUAAUAAAAUAUCUUUUUGCGCAAAAAAAAA